AUGGGAUGCCCUGAAAUGCAGCAUUGGAUGGCUUUUUUGAGUAUAGGUGGUCUUACUGUGUUGAUUGAUUCAGUUUUCUGGAAGAGGUUAUUGUGGCCUGAAUUUGAAGUUUAUGCUUAUGGGGCUUAUUGCAGUAUUUCAAAGACCCUGCCUGGUUCUAACAUAUUCUUAGAUAACUGCCUGAGUGAAUUACACAUGCUUUUCAUUGGUACUUCUCCUCAGCGCUCCCUCGUCAUUGCUUGCUGCAUAUCCUCUUUCCCUGGUGGGUGUUGGCUCAGUCUUUUUCUGGACGGAAGGGUCGAUUCUUUUAUUUUUCCAGUUCUUUCCUUUAUUCUAAUUUACUCCAAGCUUCCUCACAAGGAGCUUCGUUUCAUAGUAAGUUCAGUUCCAAUAUUUACCCUGUCUGCUUCAAUUGCAGCUAACAGAAUGAAUUACCAACUUGAAUCACGUGUUAUUGAUAUGUUUCAGUACAACAAUAAAAAGAAGCCUUUUUGGACCCUGCUUUUCUUCAUUUUGUUGGGACUAUUGUCAGUCAGUGUAGGAUGCUCCAUUACAACUUUCAUGGCCUCAUACUGGAAUUAUCCUAGUGGGCAUGCCUUAAAAGAAUUGCAUCGAACUGGUGUUCUUAACGAUGCGAAUGAACAGUGGGUUCACAUUGACACCUUUUCAGCCAUGAAUGGUAUAUCCCGCUUUUGUGAAAGUGAUUCCCCGUGGAGAUAUUCUAAAGAAGAACACAUAAGCUUGCACGAAUUCCCCCUGAGAAAUUUUACUUUUCUCAUAAAUGAAUGCCCAGUGGUGAUGGGUUCAAGUGUUUAUUCAGCGAAGAUGGGUUCAUUAGAGCUCGUUUUAGAUUUGAAUUUCCACCGAUUGCACUGGUUAAGGAGCCCAAAGUGUAUGUCCAUGGAAAUCAGGAAAACCAAAUGAUUGUUCAAAAAGAUUGGCCAGGGUGCUGAUGAUCCUUCUUGAUAGCUGAGUUUCUGAGCAGUUGAUUAGAAUUAUUGAUGGAGUUUAUUUGGAGUAAAUUUUCUCCUUUCGUAUAAAUAGUUGAUAUCAUAGCAUUUCAAAUUGACUUAUCAUUAUUGUCUUUCCAUAUUUUUAUUAAUACAUAUUUAAUACUUAUUCAGUUAUCAAAUUCUUGAUGCAUUCAUAUUGUA